CUUUUUUUCAAUUUUUAGUAAAAUGAGCCAUCAACAUGGGCCUGGUUGUAAUCAUGGACACGAAGGAGGAGAAGGUGGUCAAAGAACUAUUCAUGUGAAUGAUGCCAAUAAGGCGCCACCUCUUUAUAAGAACGUUGCCAAUUAUCUUAAAGACGAGAAAAAGUCUGGCCUUAAACCAAGACAAGGUGUGCUGAACGGAAAGAGAUUUGAAUAUUUUAAAGGAAAGAGAGCUAUUGAUGCUUUAUUAAGAGAAGAGUUUAAGAAGAUUCCACCCAAAGAAGAAAUACCACAGAACCGUGAAGAUGCGUAUAGAAUAUUGAAUGAGUUAGGAAGACUGGGAUUUAUCUUGCGCGUGGAUAGAGGCGAAUCUAUGGGUGGCAAAGGUACACCACGUCUGUUACAAGUGAAUCCGGUUCAACAAGUACAAGAAGAAGGAUAUUACAUGUGGAUAUGGGAAGGAAGCCAAGUGAGACAAUAUUUUGGUGCUAUUUUACUCGUCAUUAUCGUACUAGCUGCAGUGCUUUUCCCUCUUUGGCCAGAUUUCUUGAAAUUGGGUGUAUGGUAUCUUAGUGUGGCCGUACUCGGUUUAAUUGGUGUCUUUUUUGGUAUUGCUCUUAUUCGUCUUGUAUUAUACAUUAUCACUUUGCCCGUGUUGCCUCGUGGGUUCUGGUUAUUCCCCAACUUGUUUGCAGACUGUGGUGUCAUUGAAAGUUUUAUACCUUUAUAUGGAUUUGAUGAACCAAAGGAAAAAAAGAAGAAGAAGAGCACAAGCAGUAGUAAGAGCAGUGCCAGUACUUCAACUACGGUCACUGAAGAAAAGACGGAUUGAGAAGAUUAAAUAAAUUUUUUAUUUGUUAAAGC